GGAAACUAAACUGCCUACUCGAACCACCUAACUGAAGCUACUCUCACUCCAACUCUCUCUCUCUCUCUCUCUGCUUGCCGGCGGAGGGAAUUCUGCUUUCACGAGUUUCUUCGCUCUUCACAAGCUUCCCGAUCUUUAUUAUCUGUAUUACCACGAAAUUUCUGUUUCAAUUUGCUUACAAUUUCCUCUUAAUUCGAGUUUUCGCAAUUCGAGCGAUCGGAAAAUUUCUUCUUCCAGCCGAUGGAUCGUGCUGGGUUUAAAUAGGCGAAACGAUGAGCUCGUUGAUGUUCUGCUUUUCCUGUUGUGCUUGAAAUGGUGGAGAGAUUUUGGUGAACAGGAGAGGAAGCCUAAUGAAGCAGAAGGUUGCGCAGCGGAAGGCGCUCUUCCAAUGGAGGAGGAAGCUCGUAUUUGUUUUUCUGCUUGUAUUUUGCUUCGGGAGUUUAGUUAUGAUGCAGUCUCGGUAUGGUCGGGUUAUGAUGCUGGCGUCGUUGCAUCGUCAAUCGGCUCAGGGGCCGAAAAUCGCGUUUCUGUUCAUAGCUCGGAACCGGCUUCCGUUGGACAUAGUUUGGGAUGCGUUUUUUCAGGUAGUCAUGCUUGCUUUUUUUUUUUUUUUUUUUUUNUUUGUUCACUCGAGGCCAGGAUUUUUAUUUAACAAGGCGACGACAAGAUCGAUCUAUUUUUUGAAUCGUCAAGUUAAUGAUAGUAUACAGGUAGACUGGGGUGAGGCAAGCAUGAUUGAGGCAGAACGCAUCUUGCUUAGACAUGCACUUACCGAUACUUCAAAUCAACGAUUUAUUUUUCUUUCUGACAGCUGCAUACCAUUGUACAACUUCAGCUACACAUAUGACUAUGUCAUGUCAACUUCAACUAGUUUUGUGGACAGUUUUGCUGAUACAAAAGAAGGGCGUUACAAUCCUAAAAUGGAUCCUGUAAUUCCUGUUCAAAACUGGAGGAAAGGAUCUCAGUGGGUUGUAUUGACAAGAAAGCACGCGAAGGUUGUAGUGAAGGACAUUACAGUCUUUCCUAUGUUUCAACAGCAUUGCAAGAGGAAGUCACUACCAGAGUUUUGGCGUGAUCGUCCAUUUCCCAAGGAUGUAUCCAAGGAACACAACUGUAUUCCUGAUGAACAUUAUGUUCAGACUUUAUUGGCCCAAGAAGGGCUUGAAGAAGAGCUCACACGAAGAUCACUUUCAUAUUCAGCAUGGGAUCUCUCAUACUCCAAAGACCACGAACGUCGUAAUUGGCAUCCUGUAACAUACAAAUUUUCAGACGCUACACUUGAUCUAAUACAAUCUAUAAAGGGUAUUGAUAAUAUAUAUUAUGAAACCGAGUAUCGAAGAGAAUGGUGUAGCAGUAAUGGAAAACCAUCCAGAUGUUUUCUUUUCGCGAGGAAGUUCACCCGUCCAGCCGCCCUCCGCCUUCUUAAUAUGUCUGCGCUCGGAGUGAAGCCUCUGUAAUAUUUGUAAAGGCGUCCAAAUCCUACAAUUGCCAGUCGCACAGAAUAAUUUCUCGUUCUCGAUAUAGAGGUGUGUAUUUACUAUUACCACAAUGUAUAUUGUCAAAUUUUUUUAUGCAGAAAAUAAAUGAAUGAUAGAGGGUUGUUUUUAUUCACUUGGUUAAAAGCAUUAGGACUUUAGGAUGACUCAAAGUAGGGAAUACUGAUCUCUGGACAUUAGGAUUUUGAAAUUAUAUUGCAAUAGUGUUACUUAAUAUGCUAGGCUUACCUAGUUACCCAAUCCAGUCUUCUAAAUUUAACUGGAAUAGGGUUUUGUUAUUGGUUCUAAAAGAGUUUAGGACUAAUUAAGAAUGUAAUUAAAGUGCUAAGUUGAUUAGAAAGAAGUACUUACGAGAAGUAGAAGGACAAAAUCCCAAGAAAAUCAUUUUAUGCCUUUCACUUUUUUUUACAGGUAAAGACAUUACUUACAAUAAGGAAUUAGAUACCCAAUCGAAUAAUUUACCCACACAAAAAACACUCAUAAAACCCCAAUCUCUCUCUCUCUCUCAAAUAGAAACUAAAAGCAGAUAAAGAGGUUUGGAAUAUAUAUAUAUAAAAAAGAGAGAUUUGGAAUAAAGAAACAAACAUUGCUCAGAAAGCAGGAUUCUUUCCCUGCCUUCAAAAUGAAAAAUGAAAUAGUAAUAGUUAUAAUAAAAGCAUAUAAAUGCUUGACUGGUCUCUGUUUUCUUCUUUAAAGCUAUGUGAUCCACUUCUCUCUCUCACACACACACACAAAGGCUUCAUAUUAUUGCCCUCUUUCUUACUAAUAUGAGCAUUAUUAAAACAUUACUAAUCUGCUAUAUUGCAUACCCAGAUUUAAUUUCUGAAUUUUUUAUAUUUGUGUUUAUAAGGUCUUACAUUAAAGGAGUUUAGGCACCAAGUUGAAAUAAGUAUUAAACAUUCUUCAAGAGAUUAAGAAUGAAAAUGGGCUAAUCCGUGCAUCAAACUUUAAAAUGAAAUGAAUAAAACAACAAGAACUUUAGUAGCAGGGCCGGAAGCACAUCAGUAUUGGCAUUGAUCCCAAGGGAGAAGGAAUGACGCAGGAAUUGGAGAGAGUGGUUUGUAAUAUGCUUUCAAACAGGGAAUUUAGUACGGAAAAGGGAUGUAUGUUAUGUUCUUUUGAUUAGAUCAUUUUAGGGACAUCUUUAUAAAUGAGAAACUAUAUGCUAAUAAUACCCCAAUACUCAUACUUUUCUCAUCA